GUGCUCCUCCCUCAGGAAGUCAUGUGGAGCCUCCUCUGUCUGGCUUACCUAACCCUACUCAUGGGCGUUUACCACACUGCUUUAAAACACUGCUUUAAAACAGCCUUGCCACUGCUGCAUUCUCACUCUUCUCCCAGAGCUUCCAUACUGUAUAUUCAUCAAUACAUCAAAGAUGGAGAGUUUGAGCCGUGCGAACAGUGCCUUCGCCCUAGACCUGUAUCGGGCCAUAACUGCUGAUAGCCCUGGUGGAAACCUGUUCUUUUCCCCGCUGAGCAUCAGCGCUGCACUCAGUAUGGUCUACUUAGGAGCCCGAGGAACUACUGCUGAGGAAAUGGCUAAGGUUUUGUCCCUCAGUUCGAUCCCUGAUGUUCACACCCAUUUCAGGACCCUCAACUCUGCAAUUAACAGCCCAAAAGCCUCCUACAUCCUCCGACUGGCCAACAGGCUUUAUGGAGAGAAGACUUUCAAUUUCCUAUCUGAAUAUGUGGACUCCACUCAGAAGCUGUAUCAAGCUGACAUGCAGGCAGUAGACUUCAUUGGAUCAGCAGAAGAGUCACGGAAGCUCAUCAACCACUGGGUGGAAGAGAAGACUGAGAAUAAAAUCAAAGAUGUUCUGCAGCCAGGGAUGGUCACAGCAAUGACCCGACUUGCCUUGGUGAAUGCUAUUUAUUUCAAGGGAAAAUGGAAGCAUGUGUUUGAUACUGAAAACACUAAAGAGAUGCCCUUUAAGAUAAAUCAGAAUGAGACAAAACCAGUGCAGAUGAUGCACCAGACAAAGAAAUUCCUCUUCAACUACAUUGAUGAGUACAGGCUGCAGGUGCUGGAUUUACCAUAUGUAGAGGAGGAACUCAGCAUGGUGGUGCUUUUGCCUCAGGAGUCUGAGGAUGGCUCAGACCCCCUUCAGAAGCUGGAGAGUGAACUAACGGUGGACAAACUGCUUGAGUGGACAAAUCAAGAGAAGAUGGACAGGUGGACUGAUAUCGUUGUCCAUCUUCCAAAAUUCAAGCUGGAAGAGCAGUACUCUUUGAAGGAUAUACUGAAUAAGAUGGGCAUGAGCUCUUUGUUCCAGCCCAGUGCUGCAGAUCUGACAGGCAUGAGCAGUGAAGGAGGCCUUUUUGUGUCAUCGGUGGCCCACAAAGCUUUUGUGGAGGUUAAUGAGGAAGGCACAGAGGCAGCAGCAGCCACGGUUGUAAUGGUUGCAUUAUGCAUGGCACGAGAGGAGCACUUCAUGGCAGACCACCCCUUCCUAUUCUUCAUCAGACACAACCCCACGAAAAGCAUCCUAUUCUUCGGGAGGUUCAGAGGUCCGCAGUAGAGAUAUGUUGUACAAUACCAUGAAAAAUAAUGCUUGUUUGAAAGUGUUUAUCAAUAAAAAUUGAUGAUAUGCACAAAAAA